AACCCUCCAUCCACCACCACCACUCCCCUCAACUCUCUCUCUCUCUCUCUCUCUCUCUCAAAAGAACUCGACACAAUGAUGUCAGAGAGGGAGCACCGCCAAGCCUCUCCCCUGGCACCCAUGAACGCAUACUCCCGGAGCGACGCCGAGGAGGCCACGGCCGAUCCGGGGGAGCUCCGCCGCCAGAAGCGGAAGAAGUAUCUGAUAUACUUCGCGGCGUUUGUGGUGUUCCAAACUGCUAUCAUCGUCCUGUUUUCGUUAACCGUGAUGAAAGUAAAGACUCCCAAAUUCCGGGUCCGCUCUUCUUCUUCGAUUAACACGGUCAAUGUCCCGCAAACGAACACUUCAUUUACCCUGAACGCUCAAUUCGGGAUCAAGAACACCAAUUUCGGUCCGUACAAGUACGACAGUACCACGGUCAACUUCCUCUACAAUGGUAUUCCAGUUGGGAGUGCUGUUAUUCCCAAGUCAAAAGCCAAUUUCCUAUCUACCAAAAAGGUUAAUGUCCCAGUGGACCUCACAUCUACGGACGCAAAUUGGGCAAGUGAUUUAAGUUCCGGGAAUUUGUCUCUGACGAGCACGUCGAGAUUGACCGGGAAGGUGGAGCUGAUGCUCAUCUUCAAGAAAAAGAAAGCCGUGAACAUGAAUUGCACCAUGAAUGCCAAUACCUCGACUCAGAUGCUCGAGAACGUCAAGUGCAAGUAAUAAGCAUCUAUCUAUUUAUCUGUGUUCUGCGAAUGGAUCGACUGUAGAUUAACUUUUAGUAAGAUAUUCCGAUAUACUCCGUAGUAUGUAUGUUAUAAAUUUUGGUUAUUUUCUCGGAGAUAUGUUUUUGAUAUCUUAUAGAUUAGUAUUAUGUAUUCGUUUUGAGAUUUUCCCUUUAGAUAUAUAUAUACUAGUAUCAUGUUUUCCGUUCAA